AUGAGGUUCCAAUACGAUAGGGCUGAGUAUCGUGUUGGAGUGCCACUACUCCGACCCCUCCCCUUGCUGACGUCUCAGCACAACAUCGAAAGCAGAGCCAGCUCAUCUGACAGGGAGCGGCUAUACAACGAAGUAGCCGACACACUAGACAUUUUUGACAUCAAACUGCCGGACGAAAGAGAAUUCAAGCAUGUAACGGCAGAUCCACGUGCUAUUAAAGUCAACGAGGGAUAUCCAGACCGCCCAAUUGCUCUGGUAUACCGUUACUACAAAUAUGCACCCCAGGAACCUCGCUUUACUCUUUUGAUCACGGCGGAUUGGUCGGACUCCUCGGAUGAAACUUGGUUUCGAGCUGUUCAGAUGAUCAAGAUUUUAACAAUCAAUUAUCUUCGUGGGCAAGAUGUUGAUGUAGAAAUGAUUGCGACAGGCCUCUUUCGGCGGCUCGCCACGGAGCCCGAUCUCGACCGACCUGUGUGCGGAGAGGACAUUGUGGAUAUUUGUGAGGAUUUUGGGAAGCUAUGGUAUGGCGACCCAGAAACCAAGAAGAUAUGGUACAUGCCCCCUCAUUGGGGGUGGAAUGGAUGCGAAGAUAUCAAGGAUAACACCUUCAUUCAAUUUCACGAAAGUUUCAAAGAGAUCGACUGGCCCCUCGCUGCUGGAAAGCUCCGUCAGAUCCUCGAACCGUAUGGCUACCAUCUCCGGUUUGAACAUAGGGACUAUCCCCGUGCGAUUGAGUAUUUUUGGUAG